AUGCGCAGGCUCUCAGAUGCCGGCGACCAGCCGCAAGUCUCAACACCCAAGAGACGUCGAACAGCGCUCGAGCAAUCCAAUGGCGCCUUGAAUGGCACUGCCCCUAACAACGCGCCCUCAAACGGCGACGCCGAGCUCCCUCCGUCAGAGCAGAACCAAUCAACCCCGAAGAAGGCCAAUGGUGUGUCUGCGACGCCGCUGCAACAAUCUGGGCUGAAAACGCCCACUCAUAAGUCCAAGGCUCGAGGCCUGUUCGCUACACCUACCAAGCCCAAAUCCGCAACUGCGGCCACCCCGUCUCGAGUGAAGAAUGCAGACCGCUCGGCAAGAAAGAAGAGCGCACGAGUGCUGUUUGAAAAUGAUGAAGAUGCGGAGUGGGACGGUUCAGAACAACUGGCUGAGGAAAUCUUGCAAGGCGAUGAACCGGAACCAGAGAACCCCGAGCAACCCGUGGCCGAGAGCAUUGAACCCGAGGAGGCCGCAGAGAAGGGAGCAAAACAGCCUAAACGUCGCGCGGGUCGACCGAAGGGCGCCAGGAACAAGCGUUCCCCAACGCCCGAGGGUGAGCUGCCUGCCCAUGAACGAUAUUUCUUCCAGAACCGCGCUGGACCCAAUAAGACAUCCAAUGCAACCCUCAACAAGGUACCGCUGUUAACGCACGAGGAAUACUUUGAAAAACUGGGAAAUUAUGAUGAUCCUUGUAGGGAAGAAAAAGAGUACCUAUUAUCCCUGCAUCACCGGUCUUUCCCGCAGUGGGCAUUCGAGUUCGACGAAGGCUUCAGCAUUUGCCUCUUUGGGUACGGCUCCAAGCGUAAGCUCGUCGACCAAUUCGCAGAAUGGAUGUACGACCACCGUCUAUCGGGAUCCACGAACUCACCCAUCAUUAUCGUCAAUGGAUAUUCCCCUGGUAUCUCCAUCCGAACAAUCUUCGCUACGAUAGUCACAGCUGUGAUGGGUGACAGUGCACCAUCAAAGCUGGGUGCGCAGCCAACCGAAGUCCUCGAGCUCCUGCAAUCUGUUCUCAAAUCUCGCUCAGAGGACGAAGAACCAGUGACUGUUCUGAUCAAUUCAAUUGACGCCCCGCCUCUGCGCCGUGCAGCCAACCAAGCCCUGCUGGCUCGUUUGGCCGCUACACCACGCAUCCGCGUUCUCGUCACAGCCGACACCCCCAACUUCCCUGUCAUGUGGGACAUUAGCUUACGCGACCAAUUCAAUCUAUUGUUCCACGACUGCACUACGUUCCUGCCCUUCUCCGCGGAGGCGGACGUUGUCGAAGAGGUUCAUUCUCUACUUGGUCGCAAGGGUCGUCGCGUUGGCGGAAAGGAUGGUGUCGGCUUCGUGCUCAAGAGUCUUCCGGAGAACGCGCGCAACCUAUACCGCCUCUUGCUUACGGAGUUGAUCACCGGCCUGGAUGACGGCCACCAGUCUGACGACGAAGCCCUGGCCGAAGGUGGCAGGCCUGAGGAAACCGGUAUCGAGUUCCGUAUGCUUUACCAGAAAGCAACGGAGGAAUUUGUCGCCUCCUCAGAGAUGAUGUUCCGAACCUUGUUGAAGGAGUUCCAUGAUCACCAGAUGAUCACUUCGCGCAUGGACGCCAGCGGCAUGGAAAUUCUGGGCGUGCCGCUCUCUCGUGAUGAGAUGGAGGGUGUGCUCGAGGAUCUGGUGCUAGGGUAG